GUUUAAAACAACAUUUUAAAAUGACUUCAUUCGUUUGCAGUGCAAAUCAAGUCGUAUGAUGCUCUUAGGACGCACUAUGACGGCCCCACAGUUUCUUAUCUUAGAUGUGAUUCCUGAGAAAAGCUGAAGGGGAAAACUGUUAAGUGUGUGAUGUUCAUGUGUUUGCAGAGAGGCUGAAUGUUUGGCUGAGUUUCCUGCUUAGUCGAUUAUUGUUUCCCCCUCAUGCGGUGCCACAGUGUUCAAUGCGUCUCCAAAUGCGCACGACCAAUCUGCAGCAGCGCUCCGCAGACCGCCUGCCAGGCAUCUGGCUGCUCUGCGUUUAUUUCUGGAGGCGCCGCUUUUCGCUCAGUCACCCCCCAACAGGUGGAUAAGUCGAGUUGGCAAGAACAUCGGUGAAAAUACAUCCCGGGGGCAGGAAAACUGGACAUGUUGCAGAAUCAGGUGUAAUCCAGAGAGGAAACUUCGUUGCCGCUUGAUCUUUUUUUUUUUUUUUGUCUCCGGGAUUUUGUUUGCGCGUUGAGCUGAAUGCGGUGUGCGCCGCUCUGCGUUUUUUCGCCAAAUAAGACCGGAUGGAAGUCGUGAUCAAAACCGAGUCUGGAUCUACAGUAGGAGUACUGUCAAGUCUCAGAAAAUGAGAAGGGAGAAUGCAGACUAGAGUAAAUAACCAAGAGAAAGACGGACUGGCAUCACUAGGCACCAACACAUUAACAAGCAGGGUCUUCAUGCAGAGCCACACUGCAGUUUCCACAUUUGGGAGAUGCUGAAUUCAAGAAGUUUAGGCGAAUGAUUUUUCAAAGCUUCUUGUUUUGUUAGCGCUCAUGUGGUCUCUGGAUAUUUUUCUAAAAGAAGAACACUGAUCUCCCUGAGCGAAGUUCCAAUGACCAACAUCCCAAAGUGUGAACUCCGCCUGCCUGGCAGCAGCUGUAGCAGUGUUAGCAGGGUGCUGGUAAGCUGAAGCCCAGGGAGAUGUCACAGCUUUACUAUCGGCGGACUGACAGCUCCUCAUACCGGGACCGCAUCCCGCUGAGAAUUGUGCGGGCCGAGUCGGAGCUGUCACCCUUGGAGAAAGCCUAUCUUGGAGCUGUGGAGAAGGGGGACUAUGCGAGUGUUAAACAGGCUCUGGAGGAGGCAGAGAUCUACUUCAAGAUCAACAUCAACUGCAUCGACCCCCUCGGCCGCACGGCUCUGCUAAUUGCCAUUGAGAACGAGAACCUUGAGAUCAUUGAGCUCUUGCUGAGCUUCAGCGUCUACGUCGGUGAUGCCCUGCUGCACGCAAUCCGCAAGGAAGUGGUGGGAGCUGUGGAGCUGCUGCUAAAUCACAAGAAACCAAGUGGUGGCAUGCAGGUUCCUCCUAUCUUAUUGGACAAACAGUUCUCUGACUUCACCCCUGACAUCACUCCCAUCAUACUUGCUGCACACACCAACAACUAUGAAAUUAUCAAGCUCCUGGUGCAGAAAGGCGUGUCUAUGCCACAGCCACAUGAGGUGCGCUGUAACUGUGUGGAGUGUGUGUCAAGUUCGGACGUGGACAGCCUGCGGCACUCACGCUCACGCCUCAACAUCUACAAAGCACUGUCGAGUCCCUCGCUAAUUGCGCUGUCCAGCGAGGAUCCCUUCCUCACUGCGUUCAGGCUCAGCUGGGAGCUGCAGGAGCUCAGCAAGGUGGAGAAUGAGUUCAAAUCAGAGUAUGAGGAGCUGUCUCAGCAAUGUAAACAGUUUGCCAAAGACCUCCUAGACCAGACAAGGAGCUCCAGGGAGCUGGAGAUGAUCCUCAACUACAGAGACGAUAUCAACUUAUUGGAGGAGGAGGGUAACAAUGACCUGGCAAGACUCAAACUAGCUAUCAAGUACCACCAAAAAGAGUUCGUAGCUCAGCCAAACUGCCAGCAGCUGUUGGCAUCCCGGUGGUAUGAUGAGUUCCCCGGUUGGCGGCGGCGGCACUGGGCAGGGAAGUUCUUCACCUGCGUCUUCAUCGGCCUCCUCUACCCAGUGUUUGCUUUCUGCUACCUCAUCCUUCCAAAGAGUCGUUACGGCCUCUUCAUCCGUAAGCCCUUCAUCAAGUUCAUCUGCCACACGGCGUCCUACCUGACCUUUCUAUUCCUGCUGCUGCUCGCCUCCCAGCACAUUGUCACCACAGAGCAGGACCGGCAGGAUAGGCAGGGCCCUGCACCAACCACCGUGGAGUGGAUGAUCCUGCCCUGGGUGCUGGGAUUCAUCUGGGCAGAGAUCAAGCAAAUGUGGGAUGGCGGUUUCCAAGACUAUGUCCAUGACUGGUGGAACCUGAUGGACUUUGUCAUGAACUCUCUGUACUUGGCCACCAUAUCCCUCAAGAUUGUAGCCUACACUAAGUACAGUGGCAGUAAACCGAGGAACCAGUGGGAAAUGUGGCACCCGACUCUAGUAGCUGAGGCAGUGUUUGCAAUAGCAAACAUUUUCAGUUCUCUGCGCCUGAUCUCGCUGUUCACAGCCAACUCCCAUCUGGGGCCGCUGCAGAUCUCUCUCGGGAGAAUGCUGCUGGACAUCCUGAAGUUCCUCUUCAUCUACUGUCUGGUCCUGCUGGCCUUCGCUAACGGGCUGAACCAGCUCUACUUUUACUACGAGACCAAAGCUUCAGACGAGAAGGGGAAAUGCAAGGGAAUCAGAUGUGUGGAGCAGAAUAACGCUUUCUCCACGUUGUUUGAGACCCUGCAAUCUCUCUUCUGGUCAAUCUUUGGCCUGAUCAGCCUGUACGUGACCAACGUGGACGCGGACCACCAGUUCACCGAGUUUGUCGGCGCCACCAUGUUCGGCACAUACAACAUCAUUUCACUGGUGGUGCUCCUCAACAUGCUCAUAGCCAUGAUGAACAACUCCUACCAGCACAUUGCUGAUCACGCAGACAUUGAGUGGAAGUUUGCCAGGACAAAGCUGUGGAUGAGUUACUUCGAAGAAGGGGCCACUCUGCCGGCCCCCUUCAACAUCAUCCCCAGCCCCAAGUCAUUCUGGUACCUCAUGUGUUGGAUUAAGAGGCAAGUGUGCGAGAGGACAAACUCCAAGCGUCCUGAAACCUUCGGAUCUCUCGGAAGGCGAGCAGCAGAGAAUCUGAGGAUAAACCAUCAGUACCAGGAGGUUCUGAGGAACUUGGUGAAACGUUAUGUGGCCGCCAUGAUCAGAGAUGCCAAGACAGAGGAAGGCUUAACUGAAGAGAACUUCAAGGAGCUGAAACAAGAUAUCUCCAGUUUUCGUUACGAGGUGAUGGGCAUGGUGAAGACGGGGAAGCCUGCUCUACCAGGGGCAAAGGCCAGCGGCAGCUCGGUGGAGUCCAGUCUUGCUUACCCCAAUUCUUUGCUUAAGGUUUCUUCCUGCCCUCAGAGCAGCCAGGUGAAAAGCAAACUCAAUAGAUUCAAGAUCACCACUUCCAUCCUCAAGCAGAGUAGCUCUACAGCGUCACCCAGGCCACCAGAGUCCUCCAAUGGUCUAGCCAAUGGGCUCUUGUCCCUGGUGUCUGAUGAGACCCCCAGUGAAAAUUCAAACCAGAGGAAAAACUUCCCCAAAGAUAUCACUGACUUUGGCUUGUUCCAGAAACACCACUGGGGGGGCAAUGAAGGCACGUCAGGUGCAGGAGAGAUUUCCAGAAAGAUGUACUCUUUAUCAGAGGAAGCAGGGGAGUCUGCGGGCUCAGACGCCGAGGAGCAGGUCAAAGAGCAUACGGCUAGAGGUGAGGAUGAGAGAGAGAUCUCAAAGGGAGAGAAGGCGGAAGAAGCUACAGUUACUGAGGCAGCGAAUGAGGAUAGCGAGGUCUUAAAUACCAACUGCAGCUUGGAGGAAGAUGGGGAAAAAGAAACCAAUGAAAAGGACAAAGAGAGUUUGUCCUACGUUGACCCAGUAGCUGAUGGAUGUUUGACAGGAACAUGCAGAGAAGAAGCCUAAGACAUGGCAAUGCAUGAACACAACUACAGGCCACGUAUUGCUGGACUGAAGACAGAGACUGACAAUCAAGUGAGGAAUGCGGUUUCAGAAAAGUAUGUGUUAUUGUUUGUUUUGCACAGAGUCUAACUUUCCCAGUAAUUACUAAACUAAAUGAUCAGCUUUGAUCUGCGGAGACUCAGGGAGGCCUUUGGUUUAAGAGUUUUGAAAUGCCACUAUAUUAGCAGAGGAGGUGCAGCAAAGGUAAAUGGAGCUCUGUAAAGGAUUUAGAUUUGAGGAUAAAAUUAUUUUAUCUUAUCUCUUCCCUGCAGAUAAUUGGAAAGUAAUUAUUUCCUGAAACUGAUAAUUUCCAUUUUUUUUAAUGUCCCCUCUCUCCCUUUGCUCUUAUCUGACGCGUCCUUUUCCAGUUUUUCAAUCGUUCGCCAUGCUCUCUUAUCAAUCUCUCUCUACCUCUUUUCUUUUCCUGUUUGUCUCUAUGCUGCUUUAUCGCUUCCCAUCCUUAACUCACUAGAGCAAUAGAUGUGUUCUGUUUUAGACCUGACUCUCUGCCUUAUUCUGUCUGUUUCUGCACUUUACACACUUUACACUGGCGUACGAUAUCUUAAAGACGUGUCAAGCUUUGAUCAUGCAACAGCAACUCAAUGUCAAUGUUUUUCUAUGCAAAAACCUGGGAUUGUGAUUCUCAUCAUUCCGACGAGGACGAUCGCAUGUUAAGCGGCGACAGUUCAAGUAUUCACAUAUGUAGGGUAAAGUGUGGCCAACUGCCAGUCAAAGAAUAAUGGGAGAUAAACAACAUGAAUUGUUGAAAAGAGUCUAUCAACCAUUUAAAGCAACAUAUUAUUCAUGUUUUAUCACUCCCGCAGAAAAUGAACUUGUUAUUUUGAAAAGAUUUGCUGUUUUUAAAAAGUACCUUAGAUGUCAUGUUAGUUUGUACGAAUGAUGUUAUAGAGAUUAAAACAUAGACCAGAAAUAAACCUAAAAAUACACUCUGUA